CGUUCGCUUCCUUACUUUCUCUCCACUCCCGCCGAUUAAAAGCCGUCACCUUCGCAGAGCUGCCGCUCUUUUCCCCGGCUUUUCUUGUCAUCGGGGGCUGAGAUCGAACCCCUACUGGAUCUUUUUCUCCGAUCGGGUGAUGGACCUUGGCGCCGGGGCUGGUGGCGGCGGCCGAGGCGGAGGUGGAGCUGUCGUCCUGUUGUUCAUCGCCUCCGCCGCUUUCGUUGUUGUCUCCGAGGCGGCGCCGGCCGCGUUUGGAGGAGGGACCGCCGGAGAAUCCAUCCCAGGGGGAGAGAACUUGCCGACAUGGGAGAAGGGUCUGUUGAAGCUGACGUCGAUCGCGUCGGGGCCUGUCGCCACGGCUCCCGACGCGAGGUUUCCGUUGGUCUUAGCGGCCAAGAGGACGAAGAGGCCGGACGUUCUUAACAAGUUCAGGAUGUAUCGAGGGGGCUGGGACAUUACCAACAAGCAUUACUGGGCGUCUGUUGCUUUUACAGGAGCUGCUGGGUUUCUCCUUGCACUACUGUGGUUGGUUUCCUUUGGACUGGCUUUAGCUAUACGUCUCUGCUGUGGAUGGGGACCACAAAUCAAACAUGAAGGCUCUUUCUGCAAACAACGUGUUUGUCUUAUGUUGCUGUUUGUCUUCACUUGUGUUGCGUCGACUGGAUGCAUUCUGCUUUCUGUGGAACAGGCUGAAUUUCAUGACGAAGUGAUGGAUACCUUGAGUUUUGUAGUCAACCAAUCAGAUUUUACAGUUCAGAUUCUAAGGAAUGUCACCGACUUUCUAUCCUCUGCAAAGACUGUCAAUGUUGAAGAGGUCUAUCUUCCACCAGAUGCUCAGAAUGAAAUUGACAAGUUGAAUACAAAUUUAGAUGAUGCAGCUAAUGCUCUUUCAGAGAAAACAGAUCAAAAUUCUGGCAAAAUUAAAGGAGGCAUUGAUUUUGUGCAUUGCACAUUGAUCGGUGUAGCCUGUUUGAUGCUUUUGCUGGCCACACUUGGUUUUGUGUUUUCAAUAUGUGGGUACAGACACACGAUUUACAUAUUCAUAAUGAGUGGUUGGCUACUUGUGGCAUUUACCUUUGUUCUCUGUGGAACUUUUGUGAUGCUUCACAAUGCUACAGUUGAUACUUGUACAGCUAUGGGUGAAUGGGUUCGUUAUCCUUAUGCCGAGACAGCCCUGAGCAAUGUUCUCCCAUGUGUCGAUGAGCAGACCACAAAUCACACUCUGUACCAAAGUAAAGUAGUAGUCUACCAGCUUGUAAACAUAGUCAACACAGCAAUAUCUUCAUCUGUGAAUUCAGAUACCUCGUCUCGGUUGAAGAAAACUUAUUCGUACAACCAGUCUGGGCCCAUGGUUCCUUAUCUCUGUUCUCCCUAUGAUUUCCACCUGCAAAAUCGACAGUGCAACCCUGACGAGGCGUCGGUUGCUAAUGCAUCACUGGUAUGGGAGAAUUACACAUGCAAGGUGGCUGAUUCAGGUUCAUGUGUCAGUCGUGGAAGGCUUACCCCUGGCAUUUACGAUCAGCUGGCCAUGGCUGUAAACGUGAGCUAUGCCCUCUACCACUACACACCAUUCCUACUCAGUCUUCAGGACUGCAAGUUUGUACGAGAGACCUUCAACACUAUCACCACUCUCUACUGUCCUCGACUGGAAAAUAACCUUCGGAUGGUCAAUGCAGGACUAGCACUCAUCUCAAUCGGAGUCCUUUUGUGCCUUAUCUUGUGGAUCGUCAACGCAAACCGCCCCCACAAGGGAGGAGGUGUUUGUGCUGCCGUCUGAAGUUAAGAUUUUUUUUUUUUUUUUUUUUUCAGAUAGCAGUAUCUUAAUUAAAUGAUCUAAAUUAUCUCCUAGUAUACAAGCAAUACAUACAACUCUUCUAGCAUUUAUAUCGAAAUCGCAACCCAAGUGGAGCAAAGCGUCACUUGUGGUGAUAUGUAUCAAAUUCCUAUCUCUAGUGCAGUUGCUGUAACUCUAAAAACUCAAUAGGUUUUUGAGCCUUAAGAAAUAUAAUAUUAAGUUUAUUUCUCUUUUCAA